ACCAAGUGUACAGCAUCGCUGAAGCAACUUGGAGCAGCAAUAUCUCACUCAUCAUCAUGAGUCACUCUGGAAUAAGGAACACUUCUACUUCUUACAGACGCACUUUUGGGGCUCCUCUUCUAUCCCCAAUGUCUUACUCCUCUUCUUCUAGAUUUUCAACCUCAAGGCACUUGGGGAGCCCCUCCCCAGGCCCUUCCAGUCGUUCCUCAUCAGCCUACAGGGUGAGGUCCAGCACCCCAAUCCGGGUCACAGACAGGGUGGACUUCUCAGUGGCUGAGGCCCUCAACCAGGAGUUCCUGACCACACGCAGUAAUGAAAAGGCAGAAAUGCAAGAACUCAAUGAUCGCUUUGCCAGUUUCAUUGAGAAAGUCCGUUAUUUGGAGCAGCAAAAUGCUGUGCUGGUGACUGAGAUCAAUCAAGCCAGGUCUAAGGAGCCCACAAGGGCUGCAGACCUGUGCCAACAAGAGUUGAGAGAAUUGAGAAGACAGCUGGAUGCCCUGGGCAAGGACAGGGACCAUAUCCAGGUAGAAAGAGACAACUUGGCUGAGGAUCUCAGUUUUCUCAAGCAGAGACUAGAUGAAGAAGUCCACAAGAGAGAAGAUGCUGAGAACAAUUUAGUUCUGUUCAGGAAGGAUGUAGAUGAUGCAACCCUCUCCCGCUUGGAGCUUGAAAGAAAGAUUGAAUCUCUGAUGGAUGAAAUAGAAUUCCUAAAGAAACUUCAUGAUGAGGAACUCCAAGAUGUGCAAGUAUCUGUAAAUGUACAAACCAUUCAUACAGAAAUUGAAGCAGCCAAGCAACCUGACUUGACUUCUGCUCUUCGAGAUAUUCGCAGCCAAUAUGAGACCAUUGCUGCCAAGAAUAUGCAAGAGUCUGAGGAGUGGUAUAAAUCCAAGUUUGCUGACUUGUCUGAUGCUGCAAACCGCAAUAAUGAGGCAUUGCGUCAAGCCAAGCAGGAGAUGAACGAAUCCCGACGACAGAUCCACAGCUUGACCAGUGAAAUUGAUGGACUUAAAGGAACAAAUGAAGGUCUGAUCCGUCAGAUGAAGGAGAUGGAAGAACAAUUUGGGUUAGAAGCAUCGAAUUAUCAUGAUACCAUUGGACGUCUGGAACAGGAAGUGCACCAUAUGAAAGACGAAAUGGCUCGUCACUUGAGAGAAUACCAAGACCUCCUCAAUGUCAAGAUGGCAUUGGAUAUUGAGAUUGCAACUUACAGGAAACUCCUGGAAGGUGAAGAAAGCAGGAUUGUUGUACCGAUUCAUUCCAUGACCUCUUUCAGUAUCAAAAGCCCAGCAGCUCCUGAAAUAGAUCAUAGCUCUGAAGUUCACACCAGGAAAACUGUUGUGAUUAAAACUAUAGAGACUCGAGAUGGAGAGCAGGUUGUGACUGAAUCCAGGAAGGAGAAGUCUACUGAAGGGGAGAAGUAAAAUACCCAUGUAACACCCCUAAAUAGUCCACGGAGCAGCUUGUGCUACACUAAAUUAGAGACCUUUUUAAUUUUGAAUGUCAUUUAUGUGGCAUUCUGGUGUUACCAAUAUUUGUUUCGGUCAUGGUAAAACAUCUCUAAAGUGCCUAUGUUCCCAUAAUUGUGUAUGUCUAUAUAGUCUAAUGAUUUCUCAGACUAUGAAUAUAUGUACAUGUGUUUUCCCAUUCAUCUUCUCACCUCCUGAGAACAUUUCACCAAGUUUUAAAUGUAACUGUUAUUUAAUACAUGGGUGUACAGUGGACGCAAAUACUGGUCAUAUUACAUUAGUGUAUUCUAUGAGAGGAAGGUAAAUAUCACAGCUAUAGCAGUAUGGCCUCACUGACCUGACUAGUUGAUUUUGAGCUGCUUUCAAUGGGACAGCAUCUCAUUCAGACCGGAGUGAGACA